AUGAUCAAUUAUGCCAACAACAGUACUUCUGCAUCAUCUUCUUUGAUGCCAAAUCAGAGUUCUGAUCAGGAGUUUCGUCGUUUUACAACGAUUACUGGAGCUUCUGUUAUGAUGUCAAUGGUGCGAGAUAGAAGCUUAUUAGAGGCUUUAAUGAGAGAAGGAGUGAUACUUCCGGACCCAGAGAUCAUCGAUGCUAACAAUACCGAGCCUCUCAAUCUUGAGCUCACUCUUGCACCGCCAGGAUCUGGUGACCGCGGUGGUACUGGAGGUGGCGGAGAUGGUGGUUAUGGUGGCUACGGUGGUGACCAAGGUGAUAGCCAUGGAUACAGUGGUGGAAACCGUGGCUAUAAAGGUGGAUACGUUAGAGGCAGCGGUUAUGGCGGUGAAAGAGGUGGUGGAGGAAGCGGUUGUUUUCAGUGUGACAAGUUUGGUCCCUUUAAUAGGAAUUGUACCCAAAGUGAAAGGGACGGCAUCGGAGGUGGUAGAUACUCUGAUGGUGGUGGUUGUGGUGGUGGUGUCCACGCUAUGUUAAUUAAUGAUAUUAUUCUUGAACUUUUAAAUGUUUACGGGUAA